GAGCGGGGAGUGGAGAGGGGGCGAGCGGGGAGUGGAGGGGGGCGGACGGGAAAGAAACCAACACCGCCUCGGGUCUGACUCCUCGGGCUCUCUCUCGAAGAGAGGGGGGACGGUCUCGCUGUGCCUCCCACUCUAAGGAACGGCCGGGCAGAGCCACGCAGCGCAUGAGGUCUGGUCCUGUUGGCAGAGCGGCUGACCCCUUGGUGAUAAAUAACCAGGGCCGCAAACAAUGUCAACUUCCUGUGAUGAGUCUGUGGCAUCCGUUGAGGAAGUAACUGACAGCUUCUGGGAGGUGGGGAAUUAUAAGCGGACAGUGAAGCGGAUUGAUGAUGGAUAUCGGCUUUGCAAUGAUCUGAUGAACUGUGUCCAUGAACGGGCCAAGAUUGAGAAGGCGUAUGCUCAGCAGCUGGUUGAUUGGGCCAAGAGGUGGAGGCAACUGAUAGAAAAAGGUCCCCAGUAUGGCAGUUUGGAAAAGGCAUGGAUGGCUAUAAUGACAGAGGCAGACAAAGUCAGCGAGCUACACCAAGAAGUUAAGAAUAGCCUACUGAAUGAUGAUUUUGAAAAGGUGAAGAACUGGCAGAAGGAUGCUUUCCACAAACAGAUCAUGGGAGGCUUCAAGGAGGCCAAGGAAGCAGAAGACGGUUUUCGGAAAGCACAGAAACCCUGGGCUAAGAAGAUGAAGGAGCUGGAAACAGCCAAGAAAGUAUAUCACUUGGCAUGCAAAGAGGAGAAACUUGCUAUGACCAGGGAAGCUAAUAGCAAAGCAGAGCAAUCUAUUACUCCAGACCAGCAGAAGAAGCUUCAAGACAAAGUGGAAAAAUGCAAGCAAGAUGUACAAAAGGCUCUGGAGAAAUAUGAGAAAAUAGUGGAGGAGGUGAAUAAGGGCACUCCACAGUACAUGGAAAGCAUGGAGCAGGUCUUUGAGCAAUGCCAGCAGUUUGAAGAGAAGAGGCUUAAUUUCCUAAAAGAGGUGCUGUUAGAUAUCAAGCGACACCUGAACCUGGCAGAAAACAGCAGCUAUUCUAAAGUUUACCGUGAGCUGGAGCAGACCAUUCGUAUGGCCGAUGCACAAGAAGACCUUCGGUGGUUCCGCAAUACCAGUGGCCCUGGGAUGCCUAUGAACUGGCCUCAGUUAGAAGAAUGGAAUCCAGAUGCAUCACAAACAAUAAACCGAAGAGAGAAACCAAAAAAGAAUGAGGGAGGCAACACACCCAAUGCCAGUGGAGCUGGGGAAGCAACAUCACAGGCAGGAGAUCGUGGCAGUGUCAGCAGUUAUGAACGUAGCCAAGCCUACACUACAGAGUGGUCAGAUGAUGAGGGUGGCAACACUUACAACUCCAAUGAAGCCAAUGGCGGUGCCAAUUCCUUUGAAGAAGAACCAGCUGGGAAAGGUGUCCGUGUACGAGCUCUGUAUGAUUAUGAUGGACAAGAGCAGGAUGAGCUGAGUUUCAAAGCAGGUGAUGAAUUAACCAAAUUAGGUGAAGAAGACGAACAAGGGUGGUGCAAAGGACGUCUGGACACCGGGCAACUUGGUCUUUAUCCAGCUAACUAUGUGGAGUCUAUCUAAUUCUGUCAUGUUCUCCUUGUGCUGCCAGAAUUCAACCCUCUCCAGUCCACCAUCUGUCUAUAUACCAGUCAAGUAGCCAUCUUGCUCUAUAGUCAUUCACUCAGCACAGUUAGAGUUCCAAACAUAUUUUCCAAUCAAUCUCUUAUUUUUUUAAUUACAUCUCUAAAAAGUAUUUUGUGGUAGCUCUACUAUUUUAGUUUCUUAAAGAAAUGAGAUAUGAAAAGUCAACCCUGUCACUGGAGGGCUAGUCUUGUAAAUGAAAGCCAAUACUUCAAGCCUUUAAAGCCUAACCAAUAAGGCUUCUGGUUGGUUGGAUUUUAAUUAUAAAAUGUAGCUAAGAAACAUUCCAAAUGGCUUAUUCUUUCUAACAUUUAAGCUCUAGGGAAAAUAGAAUUCACUCUCAUUGAAAAAAAUGAAUCAAACAAAAAUAAGGAGACAGAAAAUAUAGUUUUUUUAUUUUGUUUAUUUUUCUGAUCCCUCUACAAUAUAUUUCUUACCUAUUUCUAUUCUAAAGACAAAAGACAAAAUAUAUUUGUUCUUUCCAAGAAGUCCCAAACAGCAUUUUUUGCUGUAAUAGUCUACAUUGAUCAUCCAGCAAUCAUCUAGAACAGUUGCAUUAACUGAACGAUAUGGCCUGUCUGGUAUGUUAUGAAUUAAAAGAUUUGUUCCAUACCAAUUUCCUCAAUGCCACUAAAAUAUGUGGCUUGUUGUUCUUCUGAGUUUAGACAGGGUUGUGGAAACUGAGGUACACCCAGUAAAACUCAAGACAACUGGCUUCUUUCUCUCAUCUUCUUUUGAGGAAUUGAACUGCAUUCCUGGGGACAUGAGUGGAUGUAUCCCUUUUUAAAUGCAAAGAUUAAUCAGAAAAUUCUCUUAUUUCCAGGCUGAGAACAGGACUUAAAAGGAGAUGCAAAAUUAUGAAAACUAAUUACCAUUUAUACACUUAAACACCAGGAAAAGGAGUGCACUGAUUGUGAAUUGGUAUUUUAAAAAACUAUUGAAGGAAACACCUGUAUGUUCUUGAGCAGUGGAAAAUGAGUCUAAUUAGGUACCUUUUUAAAUUUAAACACAAAGAGGCUUUAUUAGAAAAAUAUGCAAGUGAUAGCAAGGUAACCUUUCAAGUGAGUAUCAAGAGAACAAUAUGUAUGUGAGGACAAAAGCAGGCAAAAAGCAACUUGAAAUUAGCAGUUUCAGAAACUAAUAGUAGAAAGGGAUAAACGGAGCACACAGAAAAUUCCUAUCUAUCUUAUUGCCCCUUGCAAUUGUAGGUCAUGAGAUUUACAGAGCCAGUGCAAUUGAAGUCACUGUUCCAACACCCUUUUCACCAAUUCAUUCAGCAAGCCACAACUUCCAUCUACCCGUAUCAAUCUUUGGGCAAAGGCUUUGUAGGUCAUCUGCCACAUUUCUUUUAAUGGGCAAUAUUUCAAUUAGUCCCUUUUACUGUGUAUCUUGUACAUAAUAUACUCUAUGUGCUUCAU